UUUUGCUGCUACUCGCGCUACAACAAUAGGGCUACACUAAUAUGUUGAAAAAGCCAAAGAAUGAGGAAAGAAUGACUAAUAAUAAUUCGGAUGAUGAUUGUACAGCAGAUGAACUACCUGAUAUUGAUGCUGGUAACUGUUUCAAAAAAUUGAAAAGAACUGAACUUGCCUGUGAAGCUCCAAUGAUUGAAAACCUGGAGGAACUUCCAGAUGUAUAUUGCAUGCAAUCUCCAUCACAAUAUGAUCAAAAGGAAAGUCAAACUUCCAAGGCAUCUGAUGAUCAAGUUAAUAAUACAUCACCUGUACUGAAGCCAGAAAAGGUAUCCAAGACUGAUCCUCAUGCAUUUCCUUUGCGCAAGAAAAGAUUAUGUAAGCCGUGGGAUGAGUACUCUGUGACCUUGCCAUCAAAGUCUGAUGGCAAGACCUUAAUUUUUACCAGGAAACCCACCUUCAGUUUGGCAGGCUCGUCAAGAGAUACAGCAGAAGAGACUUCAGCUCGGUAUUAUCAGAACUACUUGCGGUGCAAAAGACGCAGUGCUGACUAUGUUGAUAGAUAUGAACGCAUAGACGAUACUGAGCGAAGCUCCCGCAGUGACAAGCCAACCUCUGCCGCUCCUCCUGCUCCUGCGAAGUCCAAAGCUUCGUCGUCUACAGGGAAUGACUCCGAGAUAUCAUGUCCAAUAUGCUCCGAUAUUUUGAUGGACAUUAAGGAACGUCGUGGGCACCUCGUGUCGACCGUGUGUGGUCACCUCUUCUGUGAGGUGUGUCUGGACGCGGCCGUGCGCCGCACCCAGCAAUGUCCUACUUGCCGGCGCCGUCUCACCAAACGCCAGUUUCAUAAACUUUUCAUUUAAUCAGUCAUUUAAAUCCUAUCAUCGAAACCCGUCAUUGAUGGUGGAACUUGUUGUCAAUCGUGACCUACAAAAGCAAGCGAAUAGGAUGCAAUUCCGAAUCAUCCGUUCUACCAUGCCCUUGCUUAAUUGGCAUUUAAUUGAUAAUAGAUCGAUUUAACAUCAAGUUUGACGAAAUUACGUCUGUGUCUUCAGAUUUUCAACGUGUGGUGCGUGUGAUAGUACCUUCAGAUGUGCAUUGUACACGGUUUGAAUGAUUGUCUUGAAUUAACCGCUUGGGUUCUUGUGUUAAUGUCACCAUUUUCCAUCCAUGAUUAAUUUAUUUGCCGAGUCAGGUAUUGUAUUCAUAUCAAAUGAUUGUAUUUUAGUAUUGAACUAAAAUGCUAGUGCUCAUUUUAUUGAUAAAAACAUGGUGAUUAUGUCGAGCCAGGAGCUCCGAAAUUGUUCAUACUCGUAAACAAUAAUGUUGAUUUAUAAUUUUUGAUUUUUUGAAAAUUCCAUAAUGAUUUGUUUAAGUUUAAUUUUUCUUCAGAUGGCCUUCACUUCUUGCGUCAAUUUACGCUUGUGUUGAGCUACCAGAAUUGGUUUCAUAACACGAAUUUCAUGUCGUGUAAGUUGUUUAUUUUUGUGGGUACGAGGUGACAAGGUUCCUUGUAUACGUGGAUUUCACCCCAGACUAUGAUGUUAGUCAUGGCCAAGUUUACUGUUAAAAGUACGGCACAUAGGAAUUAUGUCAUACAAGUUUAUGGAAAGAUUUUUAUAUUUCAAACAGUCAUCAAGUUUUAUGUAUUAUCUUCUUCAAUUUUUUGUUUAGCUCGGUGUUGAUAUAUUAGCAUAGUUUAGGUAUGAUUGUAAAAACGUUUCUAUUAGUGCUCGAUUUUUUGUGUGCUUUCUCGAAUGUUUUUUUUCUUUGUCACCGACCUAUGUUGCAUCUAAGUUCUUUAAUUUAUCUUCAAUGAUAUUUAACCCAAUUAUAUUAUUAUAUGCUUAGAGGAAAUGUAGCAAAUAAUAUUCUGAACCAUAUUUGGUGAUCGAACCUUCUCUUAUUCGAAGUUAUCAAGAAUAUUAAGAGCGAGAUGCAGCCAAGCGUGCCAGCUUCCUCCAACCACAGUGUAAUUACAUUUACAUGUGAUGGAAAUUCAAUCUUCAAGUUGACAAUUUGCGAACCAUUUAUUUUUU